AUGGAACCGUCAAAAGUUGAAAAAGCAUCUAAUUUGGUUAAGGAAGUGAAAACUUCUGUCUCAACAGAUUUUAACAUCAAAAAGACAAUUAAGGUUGAAAUUGCUAAAAAGAGUUUUGAAUUGGAUCUUGAAAGGGAGAAUGAUUUUGAGCUCCCUAUGAAUCUAUUUGAGGAUGAUAAAGACUUUAAAUUGGUUGACGAAUUGAAAAAUUCUGUCCCAACGAAUUUACUUAAAAAGGUCAUCAAGAAGGAAUCUAAGAAAGAGAAUUCGGAAUUGAUUUUUGAAAAGGAAGCUGACUUCGAUCUUCCGAUGAAUUUAUUUGAAGAAGAGGAAAAGAAUAAAUUUGAAGAAGAAGGUGAUUUUUUUGAAAAAGAACAGGGUGAGUCGGAAAUUAUUGAGGACAUUGGCGUUGGAAACAUAGUUCAAUGGCCUGAAGAAAAGGAACCUGUCGAGAAAGAUUUUGAGAAAUUAAAGAAGGAAAAGGCCAACGAACUAGGUCGCAUGAAAAUUGAUUCUGAGUUCCACAAUCAACAAAAUUCUUUCGACAUUAAGAGGAAAAAUUUUGACAAUUUUGAAAAAGAUUCGAGACCUAGUAUUGAGGAAAAUUUUAAGGAAAAAAAGAAAGAGAAAGCAAGUGACUUAGGUCGUAUGAAAAUUGUUCUUGAUCUCUGCAAUCAAAAAGAUGUUUUGCAAAUUGAAAGUGAAGAUUUUGAGAAUUUUGGUAAGAAAUCUGUGCCACUAAAAGAAUGUAUUAGAAGAGAAAAUUUUAGUGAAUGUGGAAAAUUAAAGUUUUCUUCUGAUAAGAUUUUGAAAUUCUCCAAAUCAAGAAAAAGUUUUUGUGUGAAAGCUAAGAAAACUUUGAAGAGAACUAUGAAAACUGAGAAUUUUGAGAAAAUUUUUAAAUCAAAUGUGUUGAAACAAUUUGAGGAAUAUUCUUUUUCUAAGAAAUAUUCCAUGCUGAAAAGGAUUAACUCUAAGAUGAAGCUUCUCAAAAUUUCUGUUUUGGAAAAAAUUAAUGCUAAGAUGAAGAAGGGAAAGAAACAAGAAAAAUUUGGAUGGAAGAAAAGAAAAAUCAAGGGACGAUUUUUCCAUGGAGUUCGGAGCCGUCUUAGCUUGAAAGACAUGAUCACGCUGAUCAGAGCCUCUUUGAAAUUCAGGAAUUUUCUGAAAGAUAAAGACCGAAAAAGGCUUGACAUGAAACCAAAGAAAAACUUGCAAUUUGUCUCGGUGACAAAGCAAGUUAUCCAGACGUCCCAAAUGGCAAUGUUGUUCAUCGAAAAUUCUAGAAUACCCAUCAAAAAUAGAAAAUUUAAAACCGGUCUCGGUGACCUGGUUCCACAUACUUUGAACAGAACUACCGACUGA